AUGAGGACUGCCAAAGCUGUAGUUUGCGACUGGUUUACCUUCAUGUUGUCCAUUCCACAAACCCAGCCAAUGAGCGCCGCACAAAAAUUUACCAAGUGGUCUUCAUUGCUCGCCUAUUGCGUUGGAGGUUUCAGUUUGCUUGUGUGUCCACAGUUGUGGAAAUUCCUUCUCCAGCUGGAAUUCCAGGGUCGCACUGAGGGGUACCUUCGAGUGAUUGGACUCGGGGUGUUUAUUAUCGGCUUCAUAAUUGUCAUCGCAGCGCGUUCUAACUUUCAAGACAAUCACAACGUCACCAUUUUAGGGUCCGUAAUUUCAAGGCUUUUAUACGUCAACGGGAUCCUUAUAAUGCUCGUCCUAAGGAACAUGUUACCGCUCUCAUUUGCUCUGGUAUUCAUGGCCCUGGAUACGCUGCUUCCUCUGAUCACCCUAGUGAUAUGGUACCACGAGACUGAAGGAGCUUCGAUGAGCCUUUUCUUCCGAGAAGUCUUCUCACCGAUUUUGAAGUUCCGUGGUCUGACAUCGGGAGGUCCCAUUGCGGCAGUAUUCUCUGUUGGAAUUUUCCAGUUGCUUUUCUGGCUAAUAUUCGUCAGUAGGCCAGACAUCGCUCAGGAAAAGCUUCAAUUAGAUCAGUUCCAGGCGCAUUCCUCCGGCUACUUGGCAGCCGUGUUUUUUACAUUGUCCGUCCAUGGCUGGUAUCACGUGACAAAUGCUAGUUCUGCCAAUCAUCCAUUUGUACCGGCAACCAUAUUUUACCGAGUUGCGUUAAGUGUACCAGUGCUCUUAAUAUUGCGUUUUGUUAACCAAAUUGAACUCAAUCUUUGCCUCACGUUGAUAGGUUUUGAUAUCUGUUUAUCAAUUCUCAUUUUAAUAUUGGUGACGUUCUCAAAAAGGAAAAUUUCUAACGAGAGUGAGGAACGAACGCAACUUACUCACGAGGAAAAAGAAUAA